GCCGGGGGCGGGGCCGCGGCGCUCCGAGCCGGGCUGGGCCGGGCCGGCCCCCGCCUCCCGCGGCCCCGCUAUCUAGCGGCGGAGGGGCCGGGCGGCGCGGCUGGUGCCGCGCGCGCUGGGCAUACAUAUCAGGACACCUUACCUGUCGCUGGAGAUUUUAUUCCAUAGCAACCAAUAAGCAAGUGUGAAACAUGAGGACAAAUCCCGCCAUUCAAGCUGCCAUCGAUCUCACGGCAGGUGCAGCAGGUGGGACUGCGUGUGUGCUAACCGGCCAGCCCUUUGAUACAGCUAAGGUGAAGAUGCAGACAUUUCCCAGCAUGUAUAAAGGACUCCUUGAAUGUAUUGUGAAGACGUAUAAACAAGUUGGAUUGCGAGGCUUCUAUAAAGGGACCACUCCAGCACUUGUAGCUAACAUAGCAGAAAACUCAGUCCUGUUCAUGUGCUAUGGGUUUUGCCAGCAGAUUGUGAGGCGAGUUGUUGGAGUAGACAGGAAAGCAAAACUGAGUGAUCUGCAGAAUGCAGCUGCAGGCUCCUUUGCUUCUGCAUUUGCUGCCUUGGUCCUGUGUCCCACAGAGCUGGUGAAAUGUCGGUUGCAGACCAUGCAUGAAAUGCAGUUAUCUGGGAAGAUAAUACAAGGACACAAUACAGUUUGGUCAGUAGUGAAAAGUGUUAUUCAAAAGGAUGGCCCACUCGGGUUCUACCAUGGUCUGUCAAGCACUUUACUUCGGGAAGUCCCAGGUUAUUUCUUCUUCUUUGGAGGCUAUGAACUGAGUCGGACAUUUUUUGCAGCGGAAAGACCAAAAGAUCAACUAGGGCCUAUUCCUUUGAUGGUGAGUGGUGGUUUUGGAGGCAUCUGCUUGUGGAUUGCUGUUUAUCCUGUGGACUGUGUCAAAUCUAGAAUUCAGGUUCUUUCCAUGUCUGGAAAACAGGCAGGCUUCAUGGGAACAUUCGCAAAUAUUUUGCGAAAUGAAGGAGUAUUUGCCUUGUAUUCUGGACUGAAGCCUACUUUGAUUCGUGCAUUCCCAGCCAAUGGUGCACUGUUCCUUGCCUACGAGUACAGUCGCAAAAUGAUGAUGGAACAGGUUGACAUGUACUGAAAUCUUCCAGAAGCAGGUUUAGGCCAACCUUUUUAAAAAGAACUGUAAGGCUUGAAUGGGUACAAAAUCAAUAGCAUGACGUCAGAGAAACUCAGUCAAUUUAGGAUUUAAAAAAAUCUUUUUAAAGUAAAUGGGUUUUGUAGACCUUGUAUGUGGUUUUUACAAGUUGUUUUUUUUUUUAAGGGAGGAUGGAGACAUGUUAAUGUUCUUUCCACCUAUUGUGCUGCUCAAAAGAUUUAAUUAUGUUGCCCUGAUGGAAGCGGUACUCAGUGUAAAGGGUUAAGAGAGUUACUCAAAUUCUAAAAAUCUAGUUCUGGAACAGCCAUGCUAUAAGAAGUCUGAAUUUCCCUUUUUCAUGAUUAGCAAACACAACUGACUCAAGGCCACAUGGCACUGGUGCAUUAGUAAAGUUGUGCUACUCUUUUCAUUAUCAAUUUUAGGGCUUGUCUACACAGGGAGUGACUCUUGAAUAGUUUCAUCUGUGGAUGCUCUUAUUCUGGAAUAAAUCUCAUUCUAAAUUAUUUUAAUCCACUUUAACUAUUCCUGAUAGGCUGUCUAAUCUGCUAUAAAUUCAUACCAUAUGUUAUUUUGGAUUCACUUUCAUGCGUAGGUGAGCCCUUGGAAAGAGUAUUCAAUGGAAACAGCAAGCUGCUUGCAUUUUAUAGCUGUUUCACCUCUUUGUAAGAGACUGUUCAACUACUUCAGGAAACUAAACCUCCCUCUUCUACCUUUCCUUGUAUUAGACUACUGUUUCUUGAAGUAUUUAGUUUAAGCAAUGCAUGACUAAUACUUGCACUGUUUUAAUGUGUUAAAGUUGUACAGCUUCAUAAACUCUGCCAUCAAUAGUUUCACCAAUAAUGUGAAAACAUUAAAGUAACUGGAGCAGAAUGGGUCUUGCAAUCUUAAUACCUCAUUUCUCUCUCCCCCCCCUCCAAAAAAACCCAAAACCAAAAAACUUCCCUUUCUGUUUUAACUGCUGUCUUGAGGUAGCCUCCCUUCUAUAGGUUUGCAAGCACAGUAUGUCGGUACUAGCUACCAUCUUUGAUGCUUUUAGGAAAGGGUCUACUUGUAGAUGUCUAAUACAGUGGUUCUCAAACAGGGGUA